UUUCCUACUCCCACUUCAAUCCCGAUCUUCACAAUUUGGAUUACGAGUUCAUGAAGAUCCGGAACUUGUUGCUUUUCUCACCCAGGAACCGCCGCUGCUUUCUUGCUUCUGUAGACACCGAAUUCCCCGGUGUAAUUUUUCCGUCCGACAAAGGCUGUCUUCAUGACCCACAUUACAACUAUGGCAAGAUGAAGGAAAAUGUGAACGCCACCAACAUAAUCCAACUGGGUCUGACUCUCUCGGACAGAUUCGGAAACUUGUACAUCUGGGAGUUCAACUUCAGUGACUUUGAUAUCGACACUGAUGAUCAAAACGAGGAUUCGAUUAAGCUUUUCAAGAAUCAUGGGAUCGAUUUCGAGAGAAACAAGAAGGAUGGCAUUCCUUCCUCCCUGUUCGCAAAGCUUUGUUGGAAAUCUGGGCUGGUCGGAAACAAUUCAGAGAUACCUUUGACAUGGGUGGGUUUCCAGAGUUCUUAUGAUUUUGGGUUCUUCACCAAGAUUCUCACUGGGGAUAAGUUGCCAGACGACAUGGAAGUGUUCAUGAGAAACGUGAAGUUGUUCUUUGGGCCCAGCGUGUUUGAUAUAAAACAUAUUAUUUCAAGGCUCUGUGCCGGAGUCUAUGGAGGUCUGGAGACGGUUUCAAAGACGGUCGGUGUCGCUCUGGCAGUCGGGAAGAGUCACACGGCUGGUUCUGAUAGUCUUCUGACAUUGCAAACCUUCAUCGAGCUUAUACAUAAACAUGUGCUUUUGAAGCCUGAAGAAAAUAGUAUCAGCAGGCAGCAGCAUAAAGACAUUGUGGAACUUUAUAAUGCAUAUGAAAUAUGUGAAUUCCAAGGCUCCUGGUGA